GAACAAUUGAAAUUGUUCAAGAAAAACCAAUUGGCAAUAUGAAAAACAUCUUUCAUUCCCAAAUCUUGUGGCAAAUUCUGGAAAACCUCUGCGGUUUCGUUACUGGAGUUCUCUUCUGUGGUCUGAUUGGACGAUCAUUUAGCAAUACACAUUUGACAUCAAUGGAAAAUUCAUUGAAAGAAAGUACUAAACGGCUUCAUGAGCUUCAACAGCAGGUAGCCAACCUUAGAGAAAAGUUACUUACACAAGAAAGCCUGGAUACUGCGAUUUUAGCUGAGGAAAGCCAACUUCUAUUGACACAUGAGGAAGUUACACACAUGAGUCAGCCCAGUGAUGCAUACUGCCAACAAGAUAAAUAUCAAAGAUUGGUGAAUCGAGUAGUAGAAGAAAUCAUUAAACUUGACAUUGAUGGAUCCAAAUUUGAAAGAUUGUUGGAAAAACUUAUUAAAUUAUUAGAAAUAUUGUCAGAGACAAAAAUGACUAAGGAAAAUCUGAACUUUUUUCUUAGUUUGUUACCGACACAGAAAAGUGAAGAAAUAAAUAAUCAGAUGGAGUGGGGAAAGGAUGAUAUUAGAACUGAAAAUAAAACAAAUACUAUGGAAAAUGAAAAUACAUCUUUGGAUAAUGAGGUAAAGUCAGUAACUUGUAGUCCUGAAGACACAGAAGUAAUUCAUUCACAAUGUGAAAAAAGCAGAAGCAUUUCUUACGAAUUACAUCCAAGCGAGUCGACGGACAAUUCCUCCAGUCUGAUUUCUUUGACGGCCGGCGCAGGCGAGUGCGAGGAAACAUAUCAUGCUCGGAUUGUACCGAUCAGCCAAAUACCAAAGUUCCAUGAACUUCGGAAAGGACAAAAACCAAGAGCACAGACUCCGACGGCUUACGAUGAAAAAAAUCCUGUUUCUUCAAAAAAUACUAACCAAAUUAGUGACAGAACAUUGGGGACUCAACAAACUACUCCGAGGGUAAUAUCUUCUCCGAUUGAGUUGCGAACGGCUGGCAGGGGUGGUAGAAGAAUACAAAGAAGUUGAAACAAUCCAUUCUGAUAUUGUUAUUGUCUUUACCAACAUUUUUAACACAAUUUAAAUAACUGAGUAAAUUUUGAAAUAUUUUGGUAAAUAACCUCAAUAUAAUUGAGAAAUUUGUUGAUUAAAAUUUUGAUUAUUAAUUAAAUUUUUUAUUAUAA